AUGAAUGUUUACAUAUUAAGCUUCUUCACACUUUUAAGAACAUUUAUUUUAUUAGCCGAUUUACAGUGCUACCAGAGCCUUUAUGGUGUCCUGUCCUCUGUCUCAAAGGAAGGGAGCCAAGGAAAAGCUCAAAAUUCAGUUAUUGAGAUUUUCAGUUUUUCAGAAAUUUCUGUGUUAUUAAGAUUUUCAGUUUUUCAGUUAUUGAGACUUUCAUUUUUUCAGUUAUUGAGACUUUCAGUUUUUCAGUUUUUCAGUUUUUCAGAAAUUUCUUGCAAUUGUUGGACAUUUACUUGUUUCGAGUGCAGAUUACAAAGAGUUGUUGAGUUUGAUAUUAAGAAGAUCAGGAUUCUGACAUUAUGCUUGUGUAGAACCAGGUUCAUAAGAAAUACAAUUGCUGUGGUAGUUAAUCAGAUUACUGGAUAUUUGAGAUAA